UGUGUGUGUGUUGGGGUGGGGGGGUCAUAUCAGUCAAUAAAGCACCUUUGCCCUGACUGUAUUAGAAGUUGUGAAAUGUGGGAGGGUUUGUAGAUCAAAGCCCAGCAGAGCGGCUUUUAUUAUCACAGACAUUAAAGCAGGAGGGCCGAAAGACUGAAAGGAGUCCUCGUGCCCCGGAUGCAGAGCGAGCGAUGGCGGGCUCCGAGCUGCACGCUUUGAUUUUGAAGCUUCACGAUGUCCAGGCGGUUAAGUUCGGACUGUUCAAACUGAAGACCGGACUGACCUCUCCGAUCUACUUCGACCUGAGGGUCAUCAUCUCUUACCCCGAGCUGCUGAAACAGGUGUCCAGUCUGCUGUAUAAGUGUGCUGAGGAUGCUGCGGCAGAGUUCGACUGCGUGUGUGGGGUCCCGUACACAGCGCUGCCGCUGGCCACCAUCAUCUGCUCCACCAAGGACUACCCCAUGCUCAUCCGCAGGAAAGAGGCCAAGGACUACGGAACGAAGCGGCUGAUAGAGGGAAACGUGCGGCCGGGUGACGUGUGUCUAAUCGUGGAGGACGUGGUGACGAGCGGCGGCAGCGUGCUGGAGACAGCUCAGGUGCUGCAGGCUGAAGGAUUAAAGGUCACGGAUGCCGUGGUUCUGCUGGACCGGGAGCAGGGGGGCGGGGCGAGGCUCAAGGCUGAGGGCAUCACUCUCCACCCGGUCAUCAGCAUCUCCACCCUUCUGUCUGUGCUGCUCGGCGCCGGACGCAUCGACGAGGCCACCUGCCACAGUGUGGAAAAGUUCAUCCAGGAGAAUCAGACCUUCAGCGCUGGUCAGCAGGACGUCUCCCCACCCGUGAAGAAGAAGUGUGAGGAGCUGAGUUAUGGAAAGCGAGCCGCUCUCUCGGGAACUCACCCCGUGGCCUCGCGGCUGCUCCGACUGAUGGAGCAGAAGAGCAGUAACCUGUGCGUGUCGGCGGACGUGACCCGCACAGAGGAGCUGCUUGAGAUCGCCGAGACGCUCGGGCCGCUCAUAUGCGUCCUGAAGACCCACGUGGACAUCCUGCAGGACUUCAGCCCCGAGGUGGGCAGCAGGCUGAAGGAGCUGGCAGAGAGACACAACUUCCUCAUCUUCGAGGACCGCAAGUUCGCAGAUAUCGGGAACACAGUGAAGCACCAGUAUGAAGGUGGGCUGUAUCAGAUCUCCUCGUGGGCACACAUCGUUAACGCCCAUACGUUGCCCGGGCCUGGUGUGGUUGAGGGUUUGCAGGCGGUCGGUCUGCCUCUGGGCCGCGGCUGCCUCCUCAUCGGCCAGAUGAGCUCUCGGGGGUCACUCAUCACCACAGAGUACACGCAGGCUGUGGUGAAGAUGGCGAACGAUUACCCGGACUUUGUGUUUGGCUUCAUCAGCGGCUCAAAGAUCAGCUGUAAACCGGAACACAUCCACAUGACGCCGGGGGUGCAGAUGCAGAGUGGAGGUACACGGUCAUUUACGGUGAAACUAUCUACAAUUAGAUCUAACAGCCCUGCAUGCGACGAUCUCGGGCAGCAGUACUCCACUCCGGACGAGGUCAUUGGCUCCAAAGGCUCUGACAUCAUCAUCGUGGGGAGAGGGAUCAUCGGCAGUGCGGACCGGCUGAAGGCAGCGGAGGAGUACAAGCGUGCGGGCUGGGAGGCGUAUCUGAACAGGCUGUCUCCGCUCAGCUAACCACGUCCACAAAUGAUCCUGAUCCUAGUUUACAGCCUGAUCUCAGCAUUCCUUCUGCUCCCGCAGACGCAGAUCAGGAUUUUCCAGGCUAGGAGUGAUCUAACUACACCAUCUUUACACAUUGCUAUGAUUUUCCUGCUCGUGUGGAGGGAUUAAUAAUUACUCAGUGAGUUAAAUGAGCAGUUGAGUCCAUCAGCAGCACAAAAGAGAAACCAUUUCUGAG